GCGUACCAUUCUAUCGCGUGGUGGAGAUCAUCCAUAUUGCUGCUAGUGGUGGAGAUAAGGUUGUAAUCCUGCGAGGCCUUCGGACACGUUUCUUUAUUUUUAUACAUGUUUUAAUUCGGCGCUGACUACUUUGCGUCUAGACUGAAGCUCUUUGGUCUCGGAGCGACAGAGGAGCGGCAGACUCCGCCGAACAACUUCACAUUUCCUUGAAAUUGAAGGCGAAUUCGGGCCGGGGGAGGACUGGUAAUCCUGAGGGGGGAAGAAAGACGGCGGUGGGAAAUGGCCACUCAGGUGGAGGCUCUCCUGCCCGGCAACCUGCUUGCAAAAGCGGAGGAGCACGGUAAAGUGAUCCGCGGUGAGCCGGAGGAAGAGGAGGGCGGCCGGGGCGACGGGGCCAAGCGGCAGACGGGUGUCGCCGAGCAGGGGAGCAGCAGCGGCAGCAGCCCCGGGCAGGGAGGAACCCCCGAUACGGAGGAGCAGACCUCCAAAGACGCGACAGAGGAGAGCAAAGGAGGUUGUGACAGCGAAGAUAAGCAAAACGAGGAAGGCGUUAAAGGCAGAAAGGAGUUUACUGAAGCACCCCCGCCCAAGGUGAACCCGUGGACUAGGAAAAUGAAUGCGGUGACCGUGGUCAGCGUGAAUGGACAAGCACACCACGAGUCUACCGGCCCCGCCAAGGUGGUGAGAGCAGGGAACCCACCCAAAGCUAGACGCGGAGGAAAGGUUGGAGAUUUUGGCGACGCCAACAGCUGGCCGACUCCAGGGGAGAUCGCAACUAAAGACAUGCAGAUCGAGGCAGUGACACAGACCGUGACCUGCCCGCCGACUGUCAGGCAGGUCAAAGACUCGUGGAGAUCCACUGCUCCUAAGAAGACGACGACGGUCAAGAAGGAGUCGAAGGAGUCUAAGGAGAAGCGGGAGAGCAACGAGGAGAGCAAGGAGAACCUGAAGGCCAAGUCGGACGACUCCGGAGAGGAGAAGAACGGCGACGACGACUCCCAGAAGAACGGACCCAAGAAAAAAGGAAACAAGCAGAAGUGGGUUCCCCUGAUGAUCGAGGUAAAGUCCGAGGGUCCCAGGGAGCGCUCGGCCUCCAGGAACAACAGCAGACAGAACGAAAACCCCCGCCUGCCUCCCAACGCCAGGAACGACCUCAGAGACUGGCACAGCCAAAAGUACGAGAGGGAGUGGCGUGACGACCACGACGAGGUGUCGAGCGUGAAGAGCGAGGGAGCGCCGUUCCGUGGAGGGUUCAGAGGUCGUGGACGUGGAAGAGGAAGAGGCCGGGGACGAGGCAGAGGCGGGAGAGGCCACUAUGACUACCACUACGGCUACAAGUCCUACGAUAUGAAAGAGGGAUCUUCCAGCCAGAAGUUUGGCAACACCGUGACCUACUACUACGACAACAUGAGCAGCAACGACCUCUUCUCCGUCGACCAGGACCAUCUGAAGGACUACAUCAAGAGGCAGAUUGAGUACUACUUCAGCCUGGACAACCUGGAGCGUGACUUCUUCCUGCGGAGGAAGAUGGACCAGGAGGGCUUCCUGCCCAUCGGACUCGUCGCCAGUUUCCACAGAGUGCAGGCCCUCACCACUGACGUCAACCUCAUCAUGGAAUCUUUGAAGGACAGUAAGGAAGUGGAAGUGAUCGACAUGAAGAUCCGUCGGAAGGUGGACCCAGAGAAGUGGCCUCUCCCGGGACUGGCCAUGCUUAACCAACCCCCCACCGAUUUCUCCCAGCUCAUCAACUGCCCCGAGUUUAUCCCGAGGCAGAUGAACGAUGAGCCCGGAGGCUCUCCCAGGUCCUCCACACCGGUGAGGAAACACAGCAAGACUGAACAAGACACCUCCAACCUCAAGACGAUGCCCAAGGGCCUCUCCGCCAGCCUCCCCGACCUGGACUCCGAGUGCUGGAUCGAGGUCAAGAAGAGGCCCAGACCCUCCCCGGCCAGACCCAAGGUCAGCGCAGAGAAGGCCCCCUCGUUGCAGAAGGAAAAGGAUGACUUGACUCGCUCCCCAGUGCCUCAGCCUGGCUCCUCGCCCUCCCCUGCUACCACAGGAACUAAGGAGGGAGCGGAGCAGGAGGAACCGGAGGAGCUCGACUUCAUGUUCGACGAGGAGAUGGCGCAGAUGGACGGACGGCGCAACACCUUCACCGACUGGUCGGACGAAGAGACGGACGGCGAGAUCGACGACCACGACGUCAACAAGAUCUUGAUUGUUACGCAGACGCCGCCCUACCUGAGGAAGCACCCGGGAGGCGACCGCACGGGCCACCACACAUCGCGCUCCAAGCUGACCAACGAGCUCGUCAAAGUGAUCAACGACGGGCUCUUCUACUACGAGCAGGACCUGUGGGACGACACGUACGAGCCCGAGUACGCCACCAUCAAGCAAGAGGUGGAGAACUUCAAGAAAGUCCACCUGAUCAGCCGCGACGAGUUUGACUGCCUGACCCCCGAACCCCCCGUCGACCCCAACCAGGAAGUCCCUCCAGGCCCCCCAAAACCCCAGCUGAUCCCCACAGACGCUUUGGCGAACAAACUAUUCGGUGCCCCCGAGCCCUCCUCCAUGGCUCGCUCGCUCCCGACUACCGUGCCUGACUCGCCCAACUACCGCAGUGCCCGGACGCCCCGCACGCCUCGCACACCUCACAGGAAGGACCAGACCAUGACGCCGCGCUUCUACCCAGUGGUGAAGGAAAGUCGACCUGUAGAUGCCAAGACGCCCAGGAAGAGGAAGACCCGACACGGCUCCAACCCCCCCAUGGAGUGUCACGUGGGCUGGGUGAUGGACUCCAGAGAGCAUCGCUCCCGUACUGCCUCCGUCAGCUCUAACGCCAGCCCAUCAGAGGGCACCCCCGCCCUGGGUAACAUUGGCUGCACACCUCAGUCCCUCCCUAAGUUCCAGCACCCAUCACAUGAGCUGCUCAAGGAGAACGGCUUCACGCAACACGUUUACCACAAGUACCGCCGGCGCUGCCUAAAUGAGCGAAAGCGGCUGGGAAUCGGCCAAUCACAGGAGAUGAACACACUCUUCCGCUUCUGGUCAUUUUUCCUGCGGGAUCACUUCAACAGGAAGAUGUACGAGGAGUUCAGACAGCUGGUGGUCGAGGACGGGAAAGAAGGAUACAGGUACGGUUUGGAGUGCCUGUUCAGGUACUACAGCUACGGUCUAGAGAGGAAGUUCAGACCAGACAUCUUUAAGGACUUCCAGGAGGAGACCACGAAAGACUACGAGGCUGGCCAACUUUACGGACUGGAGAAGUUCUGGGCCUUCCUUAAAUACUCCAAAGCCAAGACCUUGGAGAUCGACCCCAAGCUGCACGAGUACAUGUGCAAGUUUAAACGUCUGGAAGAUUUCAGAAUUGAUCCACCUAUAGAGGAAGGAGGCCGCAGGAGACAUUCGUCCAGCGGGGACACUCGCCGCCGGCACCCAUCUCAGCCCACCAGCCGACCCCACAGCCAGGCCAGCUCCGGGCCCAGCCCCGCCCCCACCACCCAGGGCGCCGCCGCCAAGGAUGAUGCCAAAACCACCAGCCAGAAAGCCCCUGCCCUGCCCCCACCUGCUGACCCUGCUCCAGAUGCCAAGACACUGAAGUAACUCCACAAACACACCGGCCCACAUGGAUGAACUAAACCACGUCUGCUAGUCGCUGGUUCUCUCUGCACCACAGGAGGGGGAGGGGGUGUCCAGUUCUUCUUUCAAGCAUGAGAAUUUUAUUUUAUUUUUUUCCUACAAUGACUUGAUUGAGAAAUAAGGAAGAUAAAUAAUUAAUAUUGCUCGGUUCAUUAUUUAGUUCAAAGCUUUUGAGAAAAAGAUACUUUUCUUUUUCUUUUUUGUCUUGAUGAGGCAAAGAAUGGAUGGAUAUCUCUUAUAAAUCAUUGCCGGUCCACUCGGUGGAUGGUUCAGUGGUGAUUUACUACCCUUGGAAAUUUUUUAUUUUUUUAUUUUUUACAUUUUCAUGUUGACCCCCCCUCUCUGUCACUGGGACCCCUCCUUGAUCACUGUCCUGCUGGCUGAAAGAUAUUUGAUUCCUCCCCCAGAUCUCAGAUUUAUGAUUAUUAUUUCGGCAUGUGGCGAGAUUGAGGACUUGGAAAUAGUUUGAACAAGACUGAGCUUCUGAAAGCCCUGACAGCGGCCGUGCUGGAGGCCGUGCUGCUCCUGACAUCCAACCGGACCAAAGUGGUUUAAACUGAGCGACUGACAUUUCCAUCCGCAGAGCCCCCAGUGCUCUGAGUUGAGAGGCUUCAAAUUUAAAAUAUUGGAUUUAGUUUAUGGCUGGACAUUGAGGGGAAAAUAUUAAAGAACCAAAUGAUAAAAAGAGAGGAAAAAUAAGACUUGUACUAAUCCCUCAGUAGGGACACGAUCAUUGAAAGUUGCCUUAUUUUAAUGGUUUUACUGCUUCUAACUUGUGCCCACCACCUUAUUGUCGAUUGUACAGCAUUGGAAUCACCCAUAUAUCCGGUCACCGUUCCCAGCAGAGGCCACUAGGUGGUGCUGUCUGCCAAACUGUUUCACCACCCGCCCCUCACUCCCUCCCGUCACCUUUUCUGAGUCUUCCAAGUGUCAUUUGGUCUGUUACAAGUCCUGUAAUUCUUCCCUGUGUUUGCAAGUUGUGGCUUUCUGUGCUGAAACAAACCUGGUGGAAUAACCCCCCCCCCCCCCCCCACACACACACACACACACACACACACACACACACACACACACACACACACACACACACACACACACAAAAAACUUCAAUAGGGGUGGAGAGUUGGGAGGGGACAAUCGCAGAUGAUCUUCCUUUUGGUUGCUUCCCGACUUUCUCUCGCCCCCCCCCCCCCCCCUCCCCGUCAGACGAGCUGCAUCCAUCCGUUCAUCCAUCAGUUUGACAUCCAUCCAUCAGUGACGAUACUGGACUGGAAUCAUCAAUCUGGAUUACUUGAAGAAGCGAUGGUUAUGAGGAGAGCCGUCGUGCUCUGUCGCAGGUGCUCUGGGUGGAGACGCUUAUGAGGCUCAGACAUUUGGCCUCCGACUUUACUGUUAAACUGAAGCUCGUACGGCCUGGUUGGGCCUCCGCCGCUCGCCACCUCUUCCUGUUCCACACUCGGAUACACGCAUCAGUUACAGGCAUGAACACUGACAGGUGUAGUCGCGAGCAGGUACAGAUGUAGCAGUGUGAGCUAGUUAUAUACAAAACGCGCACACACACACACACACACGCAGCUUGAUGUCUGACAAAAAUUGAAGACUGGACUCUGUUCUGUCGUCACACUUCCUACAGUCAACCGUGUGGAUGUUUAAAUCUUAAUCCAACUCGAGUACUGAUGAUAUAAAAUAGAAGUGAUUCUUUCUUCUCCACUAAUGUAAAUGUGAAUUUGACCGAUGAAGAGAAAUGAUUACAGCUCCCUGCUACUUGUUUUAUUGUUUAUAGAACAGAUUAUAUAUUUGCCUUACAUGUGUACGUACUCUUUAACUUUUUUUUUUUUUUUUUUUUUUUUUUUUUUUAUGUUCACAUGAUUAUCUUUUAAUGCUUUUUAAUUUCAAUUUGCAGUGUUUCUAGCGUUGUUGUUGUUGUUAUGAUGGAGGUGGGGUUUGUGUCAGGCUGUUUCAAACAUCUGUGGAUUUCAGAAACGGAAACAUAAUUCACAACACAAAAGGGAAAGUUGACAUCAGGGGGUCAAACAGGUGUUCAGUGCAAAAACUAAAUCUGUAAGUUUAUAGUGUUUCACGUUGAAAUCAGUUAAUUUUCUUAUUUCUUUUCUUCUAGUAAAGAUGUUUUUGCCAAGAUGACAGAGCAGAAUCUCCAACAACAAACUCAUUUUUAUUCAAUCUUCAACCUUCUAGAAAAAGUCUGCAAAGUCUAAACACUUAUAGAAAAGAUUUGAUUUUGGGGUCUAAAUUGAAGAAGUUCACAAAAUUCUGGAAAUGUAAUCUUGAGUCUUAACACACACACAUGGAUAUCCAGGUGCUGAGUGAGAAAAUGACCCACUUUCCAUUGACGUAUGUUUUUGCUCCCCAGUGAUGAACUAUUUACCGUCACACGAGGGAAGAAGUUCAAAUUCAUUUUUAGGAAUUAAGAGUUUGGAAAAAGCCUGACAAUUAUUUAGAUCAAACUGUAUCAGACAUGUUUCAUUUUUUAUUUUUUAAGUAUUUGUCCUUUUGCGUAAUAAUGAUUCAGCCUGUCGGUUGAUGUUCCAUCAGAGUGGAAAGUCUGUCAGUGUUUCAGUUUCAUCUUCUAAAUCCACACUUGUUGGAAACAUGGAAAUGCAAAGCUGUACUUGGUUUUCUUUUCUUCCUUUUUUAAUGUUUUGUUGCUUUAUCUUCAGGGAGAUUUGGAUCAGUUUCACAGUUGAUGCAUCAAAGUGUUCACUGGAGGUUUAAAGACAGGACAUAUAAGAGCUACAAAGCAUUCGGGGGGGGGAAAAGAAGAAACCCGUUUCCCAAAAAAACCAGCGGAUCCUUUGAAUGGGAGUGAGCUGGAGUGUGGCUGCAGACAUGGCAGUCUGCCGCUACGAGGGACCUUCUUCCAGGUGUUUUGGGAGUUUUCAGCCUUCUUCAUCAGCAUUUCACUGCUGCUUGCUGUCCAGACAAACUCUAGAAGGCGCCGCGCCCUCUGCUCGUCAGUCUAACACGGACUCGGCCAGCGGGCCGGACACUGAUGACUGCUGGAUGAGAGAAGGGGAAGGGAGGAGAAGGAGAGAAAGAUCCCAACUGGGGUUUGUGACGUCGCUCAGAAGGAUAUGGCUGGUUAUGAUGUCUGGAGACUGAAAAAAAAAAAAAAGGACAAAAUUCCAUAAAGCCAUAUGAAUAAGAAAUGACUGUAUAUGAACCAUUAAGACAG